AUGCAGCAGCAGCAGGAACAGCUGGGAGCAGCAGGCGACCCCAGGCAGGCAGGAGUGGCCCCACUGAACACACUGCCACCCACACUGGCGGCAGGAACCACAAGUGUGACCACUGCGGGAAGACAUUUGCCCGGAAGAGUUAUCUCUCCCCACACAUCCUCACCCACACUGGGGAGAGAAAGUUCCAGUGCCUGGAGUGUGGGAAAAGAUUUACCAGGAAGGAUUCCCUUGACACACACAUCCUCACCCACACUGGGGGAGAGAAAGUUCCAGUGCCUGGAGUGUGGGAAAAGAUUUACCAGGAAGGAUUCCCUUGACACACACAUCCUCACCCACACUGGGGAGAGAAAGUUCCAGUGCCUGGAGUGUGGGAAAAGAUUUACCCUGAAAGGCCAUCUUGACAGACACAUCGUCACCCACACUGGGGAGAGAAAGUUCCAGUGCCUGGAGUGUGGGAAAAGAUUUACCCAGAAAGGUCAUCUUGACAGACACAUCCUCACCCACACUGGGGAGAGAAAGUUCCAAUGCCUGGAGUGUGGGAGAAGAUUUAUCAAGAAAGAUAAUCUUGACAGACACAUCCUUACCCACACUGGGGAGAGAAAGUUCCAGUGCCUGGAGUGUGGGAAAAGAUUUACCCUGAAAGGUGAUCUUAAACACAUCCUCACCCACACUGGGGAGAGAAAGUUCCAGUGCCUGGAGUGUGGGAAAAGAUUUACCCGGAAAGGCCAUCUUGACACACACAUCCUCACCCACACUGGGGAGAGAAAGUUCCAGUGCCUGGAGUGUGGGAAAAGAUUUACCAGGAAGGAUUCCCUUGACACACACAUCCUCACCCACACUGGGGAGAGAAAGUUCCAGUGCCUGGAGUGUGGGAAAAGAUUUACCCUGAAAGGUGAUCUUAACAAACACAUCCUCACCCACACUGGGGAGAGAAAGUUCCAGUGCCUGGAGUGUGGGAAAAGAUUUACCCAGAAAGGCCAUCUUGACAAACACAUCCUCACCCACACUGGGGAGAGAAAGUUCCAGUGCCUGGAGUGUGCGAAAAGAUUUACCCAGAAAGGCCAUCUUGACACACACAUCCUCACCCACACUGGGGAGAGAAAGUUCCAGUGCCUGGAGUGUGGGAAAAGAUUUACCCAGAAAGGCCAUCUUGACAAACACAUCCUCACCCACACUGGGGAGAGAAAGUUCCAGUGCCUGGAGUGUGGGAAAAGAUUUAUCAAGAAAGGUAAUCUUGACAGACACAUCCUCACCCACACUGGGGAGAGAAAGUUCCAGUGCCUGGAGUGUGGGAAAAGAUUUACCCUGAAAGGUGAUCUUAACAAACACAUCUUCACCCACACUGGGGAGAGAAAGUUCUAGUGUCUGGAGUGUGGGAAAAGAUUUACCCUGAAAUGUAAUCUUGACACACACAUCCUCACCCACACUGGGGAGAGAAAGUUCCAGUGCCUGGAGUUUGGGAAAAGAUUUAUCCGGAAAGGCCUUGACAGACACAUCUGCACCCACACUGGGGAGAGAAAGUUCCAGUGCCUGGAGUGUGGGAAAAGAUUUACCCUGAAAAGUAAUCUUAACACACACAUCCUCACCCACACUGGGGAGAGAAAGUUCCAGUGCCUGGAGUGUGGGAAAAGAUUUACCCAGAAAGGCCAUCUUGACAGACACAUCCUUACCCACACUGGAGAGAGAAAGUUCCAGUGCCUGGAGUGUGGGAAAAGAUUCAUCCAUAAAUGUUAUCUUAAUAUACACAUCCUCACCCACACUGGGGAGAGAAAGUUCCAGUGCCUGGAGUGUGGGAAAAGAUUUACCCUGAAAGGCCAUCUUGACAGACACAUUCUCACCCACACUGGAGAGAGAAAGUUCCAGUGCCUGGAGUGUGGGAAAAGAUUUGCCCAGAAAGGCCAUCUUGCCUCACACAUCCUCACCCACACUGGCUUUGAAGUGUUAGACAAGUGUUUGGACAGGGCUGACAGGUGGAAACAGACAGGUGUGUUUUGUACAGGGACUGCCACGUGUAGGCCUGAUGGCUUCCUGCACCAACCCUUGUGUUCUUGUGUACUACUACUACUACUACUACCACCACCACUACUACUAUUAAUAAUAAUAAAACACUUCAUUUCUUCACUCUUUUAAUAUAUUAUAACAUCCAUUUUCUUCAAAUAUAAGCUGGAAAAUUGU